CCUCUUAUCGGCCAUUUGUUAACUUUUGCUUUGACAUACUUGUGGUGAAUAAAAUUCUCUUGAAAAGCUGCUUUCAUUCUGCCAAACUCGUGGCGAAAUAUUUUUCCAUUUUUCAGCAUAAAUAAGAACAACAAUUAUGCCAGGUGUAGAUACAAUCAAAUCUUCGUGGGCCGAUGAAGUCGAACUUGAUUUCGGUGGUCUGCCACCCUCAACUGAGAACACUGAGAAUGGCCUCAAGUACGUCACCGAAUACAAAUACAAUAAGGACGACAAAAAAAUCAAAGUAGUUCGCACCUAUAAAAUUAGUAAGCAAGUUGUCCCAAAAACUGUAGCUAAGCGCAGAACAUGGGCCAAGUUUGGCGACUCAAAGGAUGACAAACCAGGUCCCAAUUCUCAAACAACAAUGGUCUCUGAAGAAAUAUUCAUGCAAUUCCUCAACUCAAAAGAAGAGGAAAAGACAAACGAAAAUCUGUUGGAUCCAUCCAAGAACAUUGCCAAAUGUCGUAUUUGUAACGGUGAGCAUUGGUCAGUCAAUUGUCCAUACAAGGGUACCGCUAUGGACACUCAGUUAAUGGAAAACAAGGCUGCGCCAACCACCUCGGAUGCACCAAAAUCUGGCAAAUAUGUACCUCCAUUUAUGAAGGACAGCCAAAAGGGUGGUCCUGGAAUGCGAGGACGCGAUGAUACAGCUGCCAUUCGUAUUUCCAAUUUGUCUGAAUCUAUGACUGAGGCUGAUUUGGAAGAGCUGGUAAAGAAAAUUGGACCUCAAAGUAAAAUGUACCUUGCCAGAGACAAAAACACCGGCCUUUGCAAAGGUUUCGCCUACGUUCAUUUCAAACAGAGGAAAGAUGCCGCCGCUGCUAUUGAGAUUCUCAAUGGGCACGGGUAUGAUCAUUUAAUUUUGAAUGUCGAAUGGUCUAAACCACAGACCAAUUAAUCUUAUUUUUGUAUCAUAUUUUUUUUUGUGAUUUGUAAUUAAAUUAUCACAAAUAAUUAUAUCAAAUAAAUCAUGAAUUGAAAGCGGAUAAA